AAUUCCAUAAUGACCCCUGUUAGACAAACGACUCAUAGGCUAACUGCAAUAAUUAGGUAGGCUACAUUUGCCAUCUUACUCUGUAAGUUCGGCUUCAAACCUGUGUUGCUUACGGAUAGGGCGUUCGGAUUUGAGCAUUUGCUGGCAGGGAAGAUGAUUCGGACAGUAUGGCUGAGUGUGUGGAAUACGCAUUGCGAUGCAAAACCAUAGAAGGCUAUACAUUGAAAAGGCGACAAAACGAACGUUGUGGUCGUUAUAAUAAGAGGAAAUUGUGUUUCUAGCGCGCACCUUUAGACACUGACAGCCUGCUACAAGAAGGCCGUCCAGCCUCCGCAGCCUGAAAAUUUCACCGGAGGAGAGAUACUGACGCUAUACAUGACUCACACCCAGGCUGCCUCUACAUAUUUGGCCUGGACUUGGGUCCCCUAAAGUGGUAUCCCGCUUGUCCAUAAAUCUGAGACUGCACAGAGAGGUAACAAAACCAUCGUGAUAUCCACACCAUAACUGUGGAUAAAGGCUGUGCUCGCGUUUAAUUUGUGUGCGUCUGUUUUAUCGCACAUCUUUGCAAAAGUCUUGAGCUCUGUCUCGAUCGUUGCUUGUUGGACAGCGUAAAGUAGCAGAGUGGACAACGCUGGCUGUCUUCCACCUGCCUUUGCUACUGGAUUGUUCACUGCACUCCAGGAAUAAUAUUUUUUUACAUUGGCCAGAGAGAGCUUGGUCAGAACUUUAGGUACAACACACCGCAGAGCUUUUAUGGAAGGAUAACUUCUGCAGCCUCCACAUGAAACAUUAUUGACACCACCAUCUGAAAGCUAAAGCUGUAGCAAUCUACCAUAGUUAAGUGUCCGAGGUAGACCGCAUCUUUGAAGCGUAACCCAACCACUAAGACCAAGGGUUUCCGGUUAUCUAACCCCCACCAACCUGUUGCCAGCUCCCGUAACUACACCUCCAAACUUCCUGCUUUGGCCUUUCCCCCGCUCCCACCAUGCGUCCCUCACUUGCCACAGCAGUCCUUCCAAGGACCCGUAACCAUCCCCACACAGCCCACCCCCACAAUGCACACGGAUUGUCCGGACACUUGGGACGGGAGCACCUGUCAGCGCCUCGGAGGCGCAGCCCGCACCUGCGACACACACUCAGCCCGGAGAACCUUCGGAGCCUGGCAGAGCGUGGUGGCGCCGCAGGGGACAUGGCUUCCGUGGUGACUAGCCCCAUGGGCCUCCCGAGGGCCAACAGUGACACGGACCUGGUGACGUCGCAGAGCCGCUCGUCGCUGACGGCGUCCACACUGGAGUUCACGCUGGGGAGGGGCGAGAACCUGGUCAUCUCCUGGGACAUCAAGGAGGAGGUGGAUGCCACCGACUGGAUUGGCCUCUACCACAUCGAUGAGACCAGCCCGUCUAAUGUGUGGGACUGUAAGAAUCGCGGGGUGAAUGGGACACAGAGGGGCCAGAUUGUCUGGAGACUGGAGCCUGGUCCUUACUUCAUGGACGCUGAGACCAAGAUUUGCUUCAAGUACUACCACGGUGUCAGUGGAGCCCUGAGAGCAACCACCCCCUGCAUCACUGUGAAGAACCCUGGAGUCCUGGGAGAAGGUCAAAGUGGGGGGCAGUCAUCCACAGAUCAUCCUCGCAAACUAAUCAGCUUUACUUUAACAGAUAUGCGUGCGGUGGGGCUGAAGAAGGGAAUGUUCUUCAACCCGGAUCCCUACCUGAAGAUGUCCAUCCACCCUGGGAAGAGGAGCGGCUUCCCCACCUUCAGCCACCAUGGACAGGAGAGACGCUCCGCCAUCAUCGCCAACACCACCAACCCUAAGUGGCACGGAGAGAAAUACACUUUCGUAGCACUGAUGACAGACAUUCUGAACAUCGAGGUGAAAGACAAGUUUGCCAAAAGUCGGCCAAUCAUCAAGCGCUUCCUUGGUCAGCUGACCAUUCCUGUCCAGAGGCUGAUUGAGAAGAUACCUGGUGUCCAGCCUCUGAGCUUCUCUCUGUGUCGACGGUUGCCCACUGAGCAUGUGAGUGGCCAGAUGCAGUUCAAAGUGGAGCUGACAUCCACUGGACCUGACGGGGCCUCACUAGACUUUAUCGGUGUGCCCAAUAACGGGGCCCCGGGGACUCCGUCAGAUGACGAGGAUCUGCCCCACCCACUCCCGGGGGUGGUCACUGGAGGCCCCUCCCCUACUGGCUCUCUGGGCUCACAGAGGUCCUGGGAAGGCGGGGCCACAGCUUAUCCAGUCCCAGACUACAGAGACUUCAGCGGUACAGAGGGCGGAACCACAGAGGGCGAAUCCUACUCUGGCCCUCAACGGCUGCAGAGGUCCCUAAGUGAAGGCCUGGACGCCAUCGAGGCCCCCAAGGGUCCUGGAGAUAGGCCCCUAGGCGCUGCCUCCCCGAAGCUGCGGUCUAGCUUUCCCACUCACACACGUCUCAGCGCCAUGCUGCACAUUGACUCGGACGAAGAAGAGGAGCGCUCGGGGUCCACCGACAUUUACCCGGUGCCCGGGUCCCCCCUGCUGCUCAACGGGGGCCAUGAAGAAGAUCUCUUCCCAGAGCUACAACAGGACUCUGACACUGAGCAUCUGCAGCCGCAGCCCAGGGUGGAGGGUGAUGAACAGGAGGGGGUAAAGGGGGAAGAAUGUGCCACUGGUGGUGAAUCUUAUGUUGCCCCUGAGUUAGACCUGGCCCUCGACUUGGAAGACGCCUCCGAGCCUGAUGUUUUCUCAGAGGUGGAGGAAGUUCCUUUCUUCUCAGAGGUGCUGUCCCAGAGUCUUUUGGUUGAGGUCCUGGAGGGGCCAGAGGAGGGCCAGGGGCCCGCUGACGACCCCUCAUCGGAGAUUGACACAUGCUCCAUGGCAACAGCCCCACAGACAGUCUUCUCUUGCUCAGAGAGUUGCCCAAUCACGAUGUCCACAGCUCAGGAGACUGAUGCAGGGACAGAAGCUGCCAUUGACCCAGGAGGAGAUACCAUCACCGACAACCGACCCACCAGUCAGCAUGUAGACGAUGAGGGAGACGGGCAGACGCCAGCCAAUGAGGUUGAAGGAGAUGCUCCGUCAGCCAAUGAGCUUGAGCCAGGAGAAGAGAUAAGUGAGCUUAGGCGGAGCUUGCAGGCAUCUGGGGGGGUGUCCCAGGAUGAGGUGUGGGAGGAGCCAAGGCCAGCGGGGGAUGCAGGAUCUGUGGAUUCAGAUGCAGUUGCCACGGAGACAGAUGGAGAGGACGGUGCUCAAGUGAACGGUCACCCCGUGCACUCGCUCCCCACAGUGCGCCAUGACAUCCACCGAUACCAACGUGUGGACGAACCCUUACCUCCUAACUGGGAGGCGAGGAUCGAUAGUCAUGGUCGUAUUUUCUUUGUGGAUCAUGUGAACCGAACCACCACGUGGCAGCGCCCCACCGGACCACCCGCCCCCCAGGGCCUGACCCGCUCCAGCUCCAUCCAACAGAUGGAGCAGCUCAACCGCAGGUAUCAGAGCAUAAGGAGGACGAUGACCAGUGAGAGGUCCGAGGAGCACACAGUUGACCUCCCGCCAGAGCUCACAGAGAGUGACCUUCUACCCCAGACCAUCCCUGAGUACAGGAGAGAGAGUGCGGCGGGUCACUCCAGCUCCCGGUCGCGUCUCUCUCUGCUGCUCCAGUCCCCCAGCGCAAAGUUUCUGUGCAGCCCAGACUUCUUCAACAUGCUGCAUUCUAACCCUAGUGCCUACCGCAUGUUUACGAGCAACACUUGCCUGAAGCACAUGAUCAGUAAGGUUCGUCGGGACGCCCACCACUAUGAGCGCUACCAGCACAACAGGGACCUGGUGGCCUUUCUCAACAUGUUCACCAACAAACAGUUGGAGCUACCCAGGGGCUGGGAGAUGAAGCACGAUCAGACCGGCAAGCCCUUCUUUGUGGAUCACAAUCGUCGUUCCACGACCUUCAUCGACCCGCGGCUCCCCCUCCAGAGUGCACGCUCCACUGGUCUGUUGACCCACCGCCAGCACCUCAGCCGCCAACGCAGCCACAGCGCAGGCGAGGUGGUAGAUGACACGCGACACUCCAGCCCACCUGUCAUGCCCCGCCCCUCCAGCACCUUCAGUGGGUCCACUCGCAAUCAAUACCAGGACCUGGUGCCUGUGGCCUACAAUGACAAGAUUGUGGCAUUUCUACGGCAACCCAACAUCAUUGAGAUCCUGCAGGAGAGGCAACCAGAACUCGUCAGGAACCACUCACUCAAGGAAAGGUUACAGUUCAUUCGCAGCGAGGGUGUUUCUGGGCUUGCUCGUCUCUCUAGCGAUGCUGAUCUAGUCAUUUUGCUCAGCCUGUUUGAAGAGGAGGUCAUGUCCUAUGUUCCACCUGCUGCCUUACUGCACCCUAGCUACUGCUCCUCCCCUCAAAGCUCCCCUGGUACUCAGAGAGCUAAUGCACGUGCCCCUGCCCCAUACAAACGUGACUUUGAGGCCAAACUGAGAAACUUCUAUCGCAAGCUGGAGACGAAGGGCUAUGGCCAGGGACCUGGGAAAGUCAAAUUGAUCGUUCGUAGAGAUCACCUGUUGGAGGAUGCCUUCAAUCAGAUCAUGUGCUACUCCCGCAAAGACCUGCAGAGGAGUAAGCUGUAUGUCAGCUUUGUGGGAGAGGAAGGGCUGGACUACAGCGGCCCUUCGAGGGAGUUCUUCUUCUUGGUGUCAAGGGAGUUGUUUAACCCUUACUACGGUCUGUUUGAGUACUCCGCCAACGACACCUACACUGUGCAGAUCAGCCCCAUGUCUGCCUUUGUGGACAACCAUCACGAGUGGUUUCGUUUCAGUGGGCGUAUCCUGGGCCUGGCUCUGAUCCACCAGUAUCUGUUGGAUGCCUUCUUUACCCGCCCGUUCUACAAGGGCCUGCUGCGUAUCCCAUGUGACCUGAGUGACCUGGAGUUCCUGGACGAGGAGUUCCACCAGAGUUUACAGUGGAUGAAGGACAACGACAUCGAGGACAUGCUGGACCUCACCUUCACCGUCAACGAAGAGGUCUUCGGACAGAUCACAGAGAGAGAGCUGAAGCCAGGCGGUGCAGGUAUUCCAGUGUCAGAGAAGAAUAAAAAGGAGUACAUUGAGCGCAUGGUUAAGUGGCGCAUCGAAAGGGGUGUGGCUCAGCAGACUGAGAGCCUGGUGCGAGGCUUCUAUGAGGUGGUGGACGUGAGGCUGGUGUCUGUGUUUGAUGCCAGAGAGCUGGAGCUGGUGAUUGCUGGCACUGCAGAGAUUGACCUGGCAGACUGGAGGAACAACACAGAGUACAGAGGAGGUUACCAUGACCACCACAUAGUCAUCCGCUGGUUCUGGGCAGCAGUGGAGAGGUUCAACAAUGAGCAGAGACUCCGACUGCUGCAGUUUGUGACAGGCACCUCCAGUAUUCCCUAUGAGGGCUUUGCCUCCCUCAGAGGUAGCAAUGGACCACGAAGGUUCUGUGUGGAGAAGUGGGGCAAAAUCACCUCCUUACCCAGGGCUCACACAUGCUUUAACCGUCUGGACCUCCCACCGUACCCUUCGUUCUCCAUGCUCUAUGAGAAGAUGCUGACAGCCGUGGAGGAAACCAGCACCUUUGGCCUGGAGUAAACUCUCCAAAAUGGCUUCCACAGCCAGGGGUCAAAUUGAGAAAGAAACCCCCCCCCCCCCCAGCUUGGCUAUACCUCCUGCCUCUGAUCCCACACUUCCUGGAAUCACGUUACUGUUCCAUUACCUGCACUGAUGCCCUCCAUUUGAUUCCUGUGUACAACAACCACACUUGUGCUUUAUCUGUUUAUUGGCCUUGGUUACUUGAUCUCCCUUUUCCUACAGGGGCUCAGCCUGCCCUUCAAGUCCAGAGACACCUCUUCCUAAUACCCUAUGCUUCCUCCUGGAUUGACCCCCUGCUCUGGACCUCGGAACUGUGUCUUUCUACUCUGGGACUGGAGACUAUGUACACUAUAAUACAUAAUGGACUAAUUCCUUGUCUUCAAACACACACUCAUUCACUCUCACACACUUUCAAGAUGACUCUCAUGAUUAAUUUCUGAGGGGAUUAAAUUGUAUGUCACAGCUCCUAAGGUGCACCAAAGGCAUUGACUCACUCCAAAACACAUUGUACUUUUUUUGGGGGGGUGGGGGGGGUCAUUUUAGCAGACGCUCUUAUCCAGAGCGACUUACAGUAGUGAAUGCAUACAUUUCAUUUCAUACAUUUAUUUUUUUUUUUUUUUGACUUCUUACUUGACUUCUUAUGCUAGACUACAUGAGCAAGGCUCUAAAACUGGCACACACUAACUCACGAUAAUAAAUACAAUUGUAGGGUCACUCUUUUUCAAAAUAAAUUAGAUGCACUUUCUCAUACAGAUAUGUAGCUCCACACACACUGAGACAUUGCCUAACAAGGCUCUAUUUCUCACUAAUGAUAUUGCCUCCCAUCCACUGAACUGAUGAAUGUAUCACAUAAAAGACAAUGUAUGAAACUUCAGCACCUCUGGCUUGCUGUAGUAGGAGGACUGAGGAGCCUUUGCGGCCAAAGAAAAAUAAACACCGGAGCCGCACCAGGAAGUGGAUCACUUAAAAUUUGUGGAAUAUGGAAGCCGAGACUGAAAGUGGCACCGGACACGUGCCUUUUUAUGAGAGACACUUUCACUCAGUGUUUUGAGGAGGGUUGGUUGGGGACCCGAUAGUGGGGCGCACCCAUUUCUUCCUCUUGGGUCACAGCCGAAAAGUUGUAACGAGAGACUUUGUAAUGUUUAUUUGGUCGGUCAAAAGAACAUUCAAAUGGCUUUAGGUGUGUUACACACAACAAAAACAGAGCUACAACUCUUUAAUUGUAUUCUAAAAUAGUUCCAGGAUACAAACACGAGGGCAGCACAUGAUAUGGUACUUACUUCAGUACCGUACACACAGCUAUGGAAGCAUCUUUAAGCUCGGGACAUACACUACACACCUACACAGAUGCUUAUGAUUUCUUGAAAGCACGUGUUCAUCCUGGUUUUGGACUUCUCAGUGCAUAACCCCUACCCAACAGACUCAUUCAGACACACACACACACUUUUUAUGUGUGUACGCAUGAUUACAACUACUGUACAGAGGUCUGUGCGAGCUAGACAGACAACCCGGGCUGGAAGCCCCACUGUGAUGCAUUGUGGAGGAAGACUUCAUAUCUCAGCCUGACUUGAAACUGCAUGCAAGGUCCAUCUCAGCAACUCUGUGAGCUGCACUGAGUCCGGGACCCCUAAAAGGUGUUGUGUUAUAUCUCGAUAUUUGCAUGCCGAAAUAGUGCAACACAAGUCUGUCCUUAAUAGCUUUUGCAUGAGGAUAUCGCAAUUGAUGUUGAGAAAAGGGCGGGAGGAGCCGGGUAUGAACUGUAGGGUAUGCUGCUAUAAUGCGUUAUAAAUGUGUCCGUGAUGAGGUGGACGCGGUUAAAUAAAUAUUUAGGUUUUGUGCCACAUUGUUUAUGGCUUCACAAUUGUGAAAUGUUAUAAGCAUUAUGUUUGUUUAUAUGAAGGGUUAUGACUAGUGUUACCGAAGUACUAUGGCAACACACUUUAAGGGAAUUGUUUUGUUACAUUCAUGAGAUCACCUGUCUUGAUGAUAGGUUAGAGGUCAUGGUUCAUGGCUACACAGAGAACCACACGGUGUGUGCUGGUCCUGUAUGUCUCAUCCUUGUGUACAUGUAUGUCUGCACCUGUUGUGGGUGUGUGUAAAUAUAUAUUUUGCACCGAAUGUACCAAAGGUUUGGGGCUUGCAUAGCCAACCAUGUCUCCCUAAUUCUGUCAGGUUGACAGAAUUAGGAAUGACCCCAGCCUCGGCCACACAUCCCCUUGAUUUUAGAGGGGCAGCUUCAUUGCAUGCCCAGUAACCCUUCACAACAGGGUUUAAAUAAUUUCUGCCAAUCAAUACAUUUUCCACGCUAACAUUUUUCUUCUGCUGCAAAUGUCCAAAUAAGAAUAAAGUCAGUUUGCUCCUCACCCAAUGAGGACAAAGCUCACCGCCACCACCACUCCCCAUGGCUGAUCAAUUACCAAUAGGAUUGGACAUCUGUGUCAGAACUACACUCUAUGCAAAAGCUCCUGUAUCUCUCCAUUUCACCACCAUUAUUGUAUUAAAAGACAAUGACAAAUGUCAA